AUGCAAUUCUAUCGAUCGGAACUCUUGACAGACAUGGUCUAUUUGGCCGUCGGACAUUUUCCGAUCGAUGAGACCUUUUAUUACAAAUUGAAGCAAGUAGGACAUCCUGAAAGAAAGGAAAUAUUUCUAUUUAGUGCCGUCGUCGCUUUCAACACAGUCACUUCUUUCCCAACUACCCUUUACGGCCUUCUCCACAUAUCGCGAAUGAGUAGUGUAGCCUUUGCUAAGGCAAAAACUCUGACUGUCGCCUUCUCAGGCCUUUUUGCACUCACAACUUCAAUUAUGUUUUUAUAA